CUGGAUAAAAGCGACUGCAUUAUUAAUUCAAUUCUGCUUUUGUCUGUAUAGCGCGUUUAACAGCGUACGAUGUCACAGAGCAGCUUUACAGAAACUUAUACAUUCUUUACAUUUAGAAAUUUAUCCUUAACGUGCAAGCCAGAGACAAAUUUUACAAAAGAAACAUUUGUAGCAUGCAUAUAAGGGAUGUGUAUUUACUUUACAGAGACUAUCCCGGGCAACACGAGGCUGAACAUAUAGCGUGAUGGUUUUUCUGAUUAUAUCAUUCUUAAGUUUAAUGAUAGAUAUACACUACCAAUCAAAAGUUUGUGGACACCCGACUAGAAUGUUUUUCAUGAUCUUAAAAGCCUUUUGAUCUGAAGGUGUACGAUUAAAUGUUUGAAAUGAACGUUAUACCAAUUUACACUGCUGAAUUUUUCAGUGAAUCUAAGCUUUGAGAACGAGCUGCUGAAUCUGACUGGAAGAGUUCUUCCUGCUGAGAGGAUCCUACAGGGAGCGAGAGCAUACGAGUACAACCCAUGUGACGCGGAUUGGUCUAAAGAGACGCGAGGUCUUCCUCUGAUGACCAGCAUGCCUCUGGAGAUCUGGCUGCUGUCCCAUACGCGCCGUAACGCUGAUGUCGCUCACUCACUACUGCAGACCCUCAACAAAGUGCCCGUGGGCAUCCACCUUCAGAGGCCGGGAAUGAUGGAGUACGAUGAUCGACAGGAGGCUCUGCUCAGAGCUCUGCAGCAGAGAGUGGGGCAACAGGUUCAGAUGUUGAAGCACCUGAUGAUUUUGGUAUCGACUGCUACCACGACAGUGCCGCAGGAAAGAGAUCCAUCGGUGCACUGGUGGCCAGCCUCAACCCGGGCAUGUCCAGACAGCAGUGUGAAGUGGUGUACCACUAUGUGAGGAGGGAGAAGUAUGCUCUGAGGAUGAGGAGAUGGAGCAGGAUGACGUGGCCUCUCUCUGGAGCUCCUCCACGUUCUUCACGCAAAAACAAUAACUC